AGUGAAUUGCACUUCCUCCUUUUACACACCACUGUUCAGCACAGCAUUAUAGGAGUAGCCCACAAAGUGAAAAUGGAAAGAGCGAAAACUGAACGGGGCUGUGUCCUGUAAUUGCCUAUUCACUUUGUAAGAGGAAAAAACAUUGCGGGGAAUGACAAUGGAUUCGUAUUAGAACGCUCCAACAACACCUAUUCAGCGACGAGCAGCAGAGUCAACGUAACAUUUACACAAAUACAAUGGCAGCGACCUAGAUCAAAUUGUGGACUUGCUUUCUAAACGGAUCAUAGAGGGGGGGGCCUUGCAACUUUUAGAAACUUGUUGGAUACGGUGGAGCAAAAGGACGCAAACAUGAAGAAACAGUUUAAUCGCAUGAAACAGCUCGCCAACCAAACAGUUGGAAGAUUGAGAGGCGCAUGGAGCUGGUCCGUCUGGUGUCCCACAACGCACACAAGAGACUGGUCACCUGUCUACAGGGUCACAUCGGAACGGAGGCAGAAAAGAGACACAAAAAGCUCCCUCUGACGGCGCUGUCCCAGGCCAUGCAGGAUGGAGGAAGCCAGCUGGGGGAGGAGUCACUGAUUGGUAAGAUGAUGGAUGUGUGUGGGGAGGCAGAGAGCAGACUAGCGUCUGUGCUGAUGCAACACGAGGUCCAGCUAGAGAGAGACAUCCUGGAACCUCUCAACCAGCUAGCAGAGGUGGACAUUCCCAACAUCCUGAGACAGAGGAAACAGCUGGCUAAGCUAGUCCUAGACUAUGACUCAGCCAGAGCCAGGUGGUUGCAGGCAAGCAAGUCUAUUCAGUUUUCCACCAACUACCAGGCCACGGCCGCCAAGGUUGAGACUCUCAAAGACGAGAUGGACGAGGCCCUGAACAAAGUGGAGAUGUGUAAGGACCAGCUGUCUGCUGACAUGUAUAACUUCUCCUCCAAGGAGGGCGACUACGCCCGAUACUAUGUUAUUUUGGUAGAGGCCCAGGCUGACUACCACAGGAGGUCUCUGGCUGCUCUGGAAGGAAUCCUGCCGACCAUACAGGCACAGAACGACUCAUGGAUGGAGAAGCCUGCGUACGGCACGGCUCUGGAAGAGCACCUGAAGAGGAGUAACCGUGAGAUCGCCCUGCCCUUAGAGGCCUGUGUCAUGAUGCUGCUGGAGACUGGCAUGAAGGAGGAGGGUCUGUUCCGAAUCGCUGCUGGGGCCUCCAAACUAAAGAAGCUGAAGGCAGCGCUGGACUGUUCCACCUCCCAGUUAGAGGAGUUUUACUCCGACCCCCAUGCUGUAGCUGGAGCCCUGAAGUCCUACCUCAGAGAGCUGCCUGAACCCCUUUUGACCUUCUCACUGUAUGAUGAGUGGACACAAGCCUCCAAUGUGUCUGACCCAGACAGGAGGCUUCAGGCUUUGUGGGUGGCAUGUGACGGUUUGCCAAAGAACCACAAGGCCAACUUCAGGUAUCUGGUAAAGUUCCUAGCCAAGCUGGCCCAGGACAGUGAGGUGAAUAAGAUGACUCCCAGUAACAUCGCUAUAGUGCUGGGACCCAACCUGCUCUGGUCCAAGACUGAGGGGACUCUGGCAGAGAUGGCUGCUGCUACCUCGGUCCAUGUGGUGGCCAUCAUAGAACCCAUCAUCCAGCACGCUGACUGGUUCUUCCCAGAUGACGUGGACUUUAACGUGUCGGGUAUGUUCGUGGCCAUGACCCCUGAACCUGACCCAGGCCCUUUCGAGAGGCGACGCCCCGGAAACCUGGUGGACGGGGACACUCCCCGCAAAGACAGCCCUGGCCAUGACCCCACCAGCACCCCCGCUCCCCUGAGGAACGGGGGCUCCCAGCUCACCGUGGGGACGCCCCACUCCCAGGCAGGAUGCAGGGGUCCUAGCCCCCACAUUGGACGCAGAGGUACUAAAAAGCAAGCCCCUGCCCCACCCAAACAGGCCAACCCCUUUGUAGCUAAUGUCUCCACCCUUGGCCACAGUCCCACGCCAAACAACCCCUACCCCCUCAUCGCUCCACGACGCCACUCUGGUAAAGAAAACCCCAGCCACGCCCCCAGCCACCCUCCCCCACAGCCCCCUCAGUCUCAGGGGGAGUCAGACCCCUCUCCACCCCACACCCCCACACCCCCUAGCACCCCUCCUCACGAUGGUCCAACCUCCACCCCCUUCACCCCUCUAUCGUCCUUCCACUCUGGCUCCCUCCCUCGCCCCACCAGGCCGGCUCCGAAGCCACGCUCCCGACCUACAGUUCCCCCGCCACGUCAGCCGCCCACCAAUGACGACAGCAACGGGCCCAGCGGCUCUGCCUCCAAGGUCAUCACCGAUGCCAGCCUGAACUUGAAGGGGAUUGGCCGAGCCCUUAUCCCUGAAAUUAUGGUGGACAUACAAGGGGAGAGCUCUGCUGGUCAUGAGCCCUCCCCCUAUCCAACCCCACCCUUGGACCCUGAGAUCCAAUCAGAGAGCACCAGUCUGUGAAAGGGGAGGGAUCACUCCAACUGACAUCACCAAAAAACAUUCUGCCUCUGCCCAAUUGGCAAUAUGCUAGCCAUUCAUCCAAUCGCCAUAGUCGGAGUCAGCUCUGAGCCUCUACAGACUGGUCCAUACAAACUCCCUGCUCAUCAAUCCAGUGAGAAAUAAUGUCUGCAACAAACAACCCCUAGCCAACAUUACUCUCUACAACAAUACAGGGACUAGACAACCUUCUCUUACUCCAUAAUCCAAACUCAACACUGUUGGCACACACCACCCAACACCCUCAACACCAACACCCUUCCAUCCAUAAACCAUCAACAGUAUUGGAACUGGACCACAGGAUCACCCCAUGUUCAUUGAACCUUCGUUCUGCUAAACAUGAUAGGAAGUUGGCCUGCAGCUAGAGAUGCCACUGUAGCUUUCUAUUGAAUCAACCAAGCCUGUACUGGGACUGGACAAUAUAUAUAUAUAUAUAUAACCACUGAACUCCAAUGCUGGCGAAGCUGUAAUGUUAUGACCCAGUACCUGGAAGCAUCUGAUCUGAAUAUGCUGUUUCAUCUUUGGAUCCAUUGUAGAAUGUUGACAUUGAAUUGGGGCUGGGUGGGAGGCUAAGCUUGUAAACCUAAAAGUUCAGAACUUGUAUGUUUGUAUGAUGUAACUUUCCUCCCUGUGGUACAUUGUAUGGUGGUUGUAGGAAUAUUUUUUGAAUGGAAAUUGCUCAUUUGUAUGUCCUCAAUGCAUUACCUAAGAUUGUCUACAAAACUGCAAUUUUGCCCAAUUUGAGAACUUUCUUUAAUGGUUUUUAAUGGGCCAAGUAAUACAAAUGUAAUGCAGAAAGUGCUAUUGAUGAGCAAAUAUACAUGGUGAGCCCAAAGAAUCCUAUACAUUGCCAUACUUCCUUUGAUGAGAGCUCUCAAGGACCAAAGAUGCCAGUUGAUGAAUAACUACAUUUGGUGAGUGUGCUGCUUUGUGUUAGUAAUAUAAAUGUUUUAAUAGUUGCCAAGGACCAAAUAAGUAUCAAUGAGGAGUGCAAUUGAAUGAACUGCAUUCGUUUCAUACUGUGUCUUCUCCACUCCCAUUAUUCACCCUGUUUCAUUUGUUGUUUUUAACCUGUCUUACCGCAAUAUACUAUAGGACUGGGUUUUAUUCAACAGAGCUGAAUUCAAACCAAACAGUCACCCCUGCCAAAAAUGUGUAUACCAAUCACAGGUUUCCCCUUUAAAAGAAAAGUUAUAUCAGAAAAGUGAU